AUGGCUACGGCUACAGGAAGCUCGACAGGCGCCCUCAAGCGGUCUCCUACGCAUGUGGAGGAUAUUCAGCAUCCCAGCAAAGUCAGCCAUGGAGAUACAGCACUGGCUCUUCUUGCUGAUGGCGAACUGCAAUCAGCAGAGCCUGCCGAGUUGAAGAGACUCGUACGCAAGAUAGACUUGACGAUCCUGCCGUUCCUUUCAGUCUGCUAUGCUUUCUACUACAUUGACAAAACGACCUUGUCAUACGCAGCUAUCUUUGGGAUCAAAGAGGAUCUGGGCCUGGCUGGGGAUCAGUAUUCAUGGCUGUCUUCUGUCUUUUAUUUUGGCUUCCUUGUGUGGGCGCUGCCUACCAACUUUCUUCUCCAGCGCUUCCCUGUGGGAAAGUACCUGGGCGUGAAUAUCUUCUUAUGGGGAGCCUUUCUGAUGUUACAGGCUGCUGCAAAGAAUUUCACCCAAUUGGCCGUACUUCGGGUGAUAUCUGGUGCCGCUGAAGCCUGCAGUGAUCCCGCAUUCAUGCUCAUUACCAGCAUGUGGUAUACGCGGCGCCAGCAGCCCAUCCGGAUCGGCCUCUGGUAUACCGCCAACGGGGCUGGAAUCGCUCUCGGUGGACUUCUCGGCUACGGCAUCGGACAGAUCCAAGGUGCCUUGUCAUCGUGGAAGUACGAGUUUCUGAUCAUCGGCGCGUUGUGUGCUUCCUGGGGCAUCGUUAUCGCCAUCUUUCUCCCCGACUCCCCUGUCACAGCACGUACAUUUUCGCCACGCGAGAAGCGACUAACAAUUGAGCGACUGCGCGACAACCAGACUGGCGUCGAAAACAAGACCCUGAAACCUGCGCAGGUCCUGGAGGCCCUUCUCGACUGGAAAGUGUGGGUAUUCCUGUUGCUAGGCUUCUCAGGCAACAUCCCCAAUGGAGGUAUCUCCAACUUCGGCACUCUCAUCAUCCAGGGCUUUGGCUUUUCAACUCUCGUAACGACCCUCAUGCAAAUUCCCUACGGUACCUUUACCUCCCUCAUGAUCCUCAUCAGCGUGUUCAUCAAUGACCGCCUCCCCCCAAACAACCGCUGCGUCACUGCCAUCUUUUUCCUUCUCCCCAAUGUCUCCGGCGCCUUUGGCCUGUGCUUUCUUCCUGAAACUGAAAAGGUUGGUCGACUGAUCUGCUACUACCUGACUGGAUCAUAUAACGCAUCAUUUGUUCUGAUCCUCUCCAUCCUUACCGGAAACAUCGCCGGGCACACCAAGAAAGUGGUCACCAACGCGAUGAUCUUCCUGGGUGUAUGUGCGGGGAACAUUGCGGGACCAUUCUUCUAUAAAUCAGACCAGGCGCCACGGUACACGUUGGGAAUUUGGUCGAUGAUUGUGGCGAAUUUCGUGGAGAUUGCACUGAUAGUUUUAUUGAGGGUGAUGUUGGCAUGGGAGAAUCGGAGACGGGAUGCGAUGCAGGUGGACUGGGAUGAAGGGGAAAGGGACGAGACGGCAUUUGCGGAUCUGACAGAUAAGGAGAAUCUGAACUUUCGGUAUGUGUACUAG